UGGCAGCACCGGACCCGUCAUGGCAGGCGGCGGCGCGACCCCGCCGGGCCCCCCCCGGCCCUGGAGCCGUCUCCACGCCGCGGCCGCGCGGUGCAGCCGCGAUCACCAGGCCCCCCCGCAACCCCAGCGGCCCCCGGAGCCGUGGCCGCGGAGCUGGGUGAGCCCCAGGAAGGAAUCGGUGCAUCGGAUCCAGGGACGGAUCGAGUGCCCGCACAGCGCUGCCACCAACGGCGGCUACUCCCGGAAGAAAAACGGCGGCUUCUUCUGCUCGUAGGACCCCGCAAUAAAGCACGGAGCGGA